AUGCCCCCUUCCCCUCUCCCCGUCCCCAACUCCACGACCUCCUUCUGGAGGGCAACCCCGCACCCUUUGGACGAUCAUCGGUCGACCCCCGAGCUUCCAAGCCAGGUCGAUAUCGCCGUUAUUGGUUCCGGUUAUGCGGGGGUCGCAACGGUGUACCACAUCCUCGAUCAAUGCCGUUCUCGCGGGGUUUCGCCUCCGAAGAUCGCGAUUAUUGAAGCCCGACAAGCAUGUUCCGGGGCAACCGGACGCAAUGGCGGCCACAUCAAGCCUGACCCGUACAGUCGGCCGUCGAGUCUCGUCGCCACACACGGCAUCGAGGCUGCGACCGAGUGCGCCGAGUUUGAGGCAAGGAACCUGCCGGAGGUGAAGAAGGUGAUUGAGGCGGAGGGGAUCGAUUGCGACUUCGUACUCACCCGUGCUGUCGACGCCUUGAUGUCCGACGCCAUCUGCCACCGCAUGAGAUCUGGAGUUGAGAUGCUCAGAAAGAACGGCGUUUCUGUCAUGAAGGACGUGUACUUUGCCGAGGGCGCUGAGGCGGAACAACUGUCCGGAGUGAAAGGAGUCAAGGGCUGCCUCUCUUACACCGCGGGCCACCUGUUCCCGUACAAGCUCAUCCUCUCCCUCUUAUCCAAAGCCGUCGGCGCCGGCGUCAACCUGCAGACCCAUACCCCCGUCGAGGCGGUGACCCAGACCCCCGACGAGGACGGCUACCUGACGCUGACCACGCCGCGGGGCAAGGUCCGCGCCGCCAAGAUCGUGUACGCAACCAACGGCUACACCUCGUCGCUGCUCCCCGAGUUCGUCGACAAGAUCGUGCCCGUGCGCGGGAUCUGCAGCCACAUCACGCCCGGCAAACGCCCCGCGCCCCUGCUGCCCAACUCGUACAUCGUCCGCUGGUCCGACACCGAGUACGAGUACCUGAUCCCGAAGCUGGACGGGAGCAUCGUCGUCGGGGGCGCGCGGUCGGCGUACUAUCACGACUUGCCGGCGUGGUACAACAACGUCAACGACGACCAGCUGAUCGAGUCUGCCAAGACGCACUUUGAUGGGUACAUGCAGCGCGUGUUCCACGGGUGGGAGGACAGCGGCGCGUACACGUCCAAGGUGUGGACCGGGAUUAUGGGAUACUCGUCCGACGGUCUGCCGCACAUCGGCGUCGUCCCCGGGAGACAGAACCAGUUCAUCAUCGCUGGGUUCAACGGACACGGCAUGCCGCAGAUCUUCCUGUCGGCCAAGGGAUUGGCGUCAAUGAUUACGGAGCAGCAGAGUUAUCAGGACACGGGCAUCCCAAAGAUCUACGAGGCCACACAGGCAAGGUUAGACAGUUCCAAGAACACAGUACUCGAAAGCUGGAAGGCGGCCUAUCAGGGGCCGGGGGCGAAACUGUAG